AUGAUCUACCUGACGGCAGAGGCCAGCGCCGUGCACUUUCCCGCCCUCGGCCGAACCGAGCGGCCAGGAACGGGGUCGCUGCUGACUUGGCGCAGCGUCGACGAGGAGGGUCGUCGGCUGCCCGCGUCCGCGCACGCUGUGAGCGAGCACCCUGCCAGCGCGUCGCAGCCGCGCAUCGCGGUCUCGAUUCCCAUCCUCAGGGAUGCGGGCGGCGCUGCGGUGAUGGCCCCACUGCACUUUGGAGGCUGCCGCCGCCGGCUUUCGGAAGGCGACGCUGACUGUGAUGAUGGUGCUGGCGUGCACGGCGACCCGCACCUGACCCUCGCGCACGGGGGCGUCGCUGAUUUCCGAGGCCGGGACGGCAAGUUCUGGAACUUCCUCAGCGCCGCCAAUGUGAGCGUCAACCUGAUGACUCAGGACGGGAGUCCCUUUUACGACGGCGUCUUUGCGAUGCACGGCGCGACGGUGAAUGGCAGCUGGCUGACCGAGGCCCACGUUUUUGCCAUCACGUCGGCGGGCCCGCUGCAGCUGUCGUAUUUUGCGUGGAAAAUCUCCGCCGACAGUCUCAUCGGCUGGUCCAACGGCACUUGCGGCGGCCGUCCCUUCAAGCUGAUUGGCUGGGCGGUCACUCCCCGCAGGGACGGGCCGCGGAACCGGCAGCUGUGCGGCGAGGCGCUGCUGCAGUCCGACUACUCGAGUGUGAAGAUUGCGUUGCCCGAGUGGAACAUCACGAUCGCGCCCAAGGCGGUCCGUCUCGACGUGCAAUUUUCCCUCCUCGUCCCGGAGAGGAGCCUGCGCGUGGCACCGCACGGAAUCGUCGGCCAGUCCUUUGAUGGCAGCGGCGUCGCCGUCGAUGGCGCGCGCGACCCGGCACCCCUCCCCGGCCAGAACCUCACGACCACGGCGAUGGCGGAGGGCGCUAUCGAAGGCUCGUGGGAGGACUACCUGAUGGCCUCGCGAUUCGAGACCGCCUACAAGUUCUCGCGGCUCGGCUUGGCCGAGGCGCCAGCCCGCGACAUCGCCACGCUGACGGGGCGCCGCUUCGCGUCGGCGGCGGCGGACGCCGGGCACACCACCGCGACGGUGUCGAUCGAGGGGGGGGACGAGGCGACCAAAUCGUACCGUCGGCUCGCCGAGUUGAACUAG